CCACAAUGAUCCGGAGCACCAAUAUGUCUCUGGCAAUAACUAUUUUCCUCAUGCUCUUUGCUCAUGUAACUGGGAACGAUGGCACACCCGAUCCUACCAAAUAUUGCUUACCGCAUGAAUACAGGUCCACUCAAGUUGGUGUUGAAGACAUCAUGAUGGGAGGGAAGCCUGUGGGGGGCAAGCAUCGUAUCUUCUCUGCUGUGGACUUUGUCCAUGAUAAGUUCUACACCAACAAAACACUAACGACUCUCGAUGCAAGUGGACAACCGAGAGUGGACGAAAGGCAAGAUAUCAUCGACAGAGCAAAUAAUGCUCAUUACGUGGUAACGAACGGAGAAUGUAAGAAAUACCCAGUCACUACAGUUCCAGAAAGAUGUUUGAAUGACAAAAUGAAGUACACAGGUACAUGGGAUAUCACAGCAUACGGGCAACUACCUGAUGACGGCCUACAAGCCGUGACAUUCACCGUGGACCUUGAACUGCCCGAUAUGGGUAUGACUGGACAACGAGUGGUGACCUUCGUUCAGGAACCAAAUCCAGAAUUUAAACCGGAUUCUUACCAUUUGCUCCGGGAAGAGAUAACUAUGGUGUCGAAGACAGGAUCGUCUGUGUUUAGCUCCUUCUUCAAUGGCUACGAACCAUUGGACGAACAUGGAACAUAUUUCAAUGCUCCCCAAGACUGCUCAGAAGACGAUCAGGUACUGAAUUCUAGUCCGUUUACGGAUGACUCGAGAAGACAAAGACGGGCAUCCGGGGAUUUCCCAGCAAGGCAGUUCUUACUGGAUCAGUUCAGAGGCUUGUAA